AUGACGAGAAGACAUUCGAGGUUGCUGCUGCUCGUCCUGAAAAGGUCAUGCUCAGCACCUGCUACGGCUGAAGAAGAAUCAUCGACUGCGACAAUAUGGGAAUUGUGGAAGCUACAACUGAUGCAGAAAAAGGAGAGGGAGAUGGUCAUCAUGGACAUGGAAGUAUUUGGGGAGAGAUCGUCAACAACAAACCACCAACGAAGCUUCAGGCAACUCACAUGGCCGUCGAUUUUACCCGCUCUUGCUUUCGUCGCCUUCACCGUCGCGUUGGCGGCUGUUCGUGAUUCCGUGGGAGGAGAGCAUGCAUAUUCCUUUUGGCUUGUGGCAUCCUGUCUCAGUGUCGUCGUGCACACGGCUAUUGAAGUGUGCCUUAUAACUACCUGA